AUGGCCUACCAACCUCAACAGCCGAUGCAGCCAAUGUUCCAGCAAGACAAUGGUGGUGAAUGGAAGAACAGUCUUUGCGACUGUUCGCCAUGCGACAGCUGUAUGAUCAGCUUCUGCGUGCCAUGCAUUCUCGUUGGCCGAACGACCGAGCGGCUCCGUGACCCUACGAUGCAAACUGCCGAGAGCAUGAAUAAUGAUUGCUUGAUUCACGGUGGUCUCUGCUUUUUCACUGGAUGCCACUGGAUCUACACCAUGCUCAAGCGUGGUGAAAUUCGAGAGAGGUUCGGCAUCCCAGGUAGUGGUUUUGGCGACUGCUGCGUUACCUACUGGUGCCACUGCUGUGCGGUCAUCCAGCAGGACAACGAGGUCAAGACCCGUAUGCGGCCUACCGGCCCUAUCGAUCAGCAAUACCAGCCGCUACAGCAGGGCAUGGUCAUGCCCCAGGGUCCGCCGCCGGCGCACGCACCCCCUCAGAAGGAGGGAUACACCCACCAAUAG